AUGGGAGAAAAAGCCCACAGAUGUUCAGAAUGUAGGCAAAUCUUUAGCCAGAGAUCGAACCUUCACAGGCACCAGAGGAUCCACACAGAGGAUCGACCCUACAAAUGCCCUCAGUGCGGGAAGAGCUUUGCUGACCCCUCCAACCUCCUACGCCAUCAGAGGAGCCACACGUGGGAGCAACCCUACAUGUGUGCCCAGUGCAAGAAGAGCUUCAGUCAGAGCGCGACCCUAAUCAAGGACCGCAGAACCCACAUGGGCGAGAGGCCCUAUGGGUGUGGCGAGAGUGGGAAGAGCUUCGCUGAGACCUCCAACCUCCUAGAGCAUCAGAGGAUCCCUAUAGGCAUGAACCCUUACAAAUGCCCCGACUGCAGGAGAGUGUUCUGCCACAGCUUCUCACUGGCAGACCAUCGGAGGGUCCACACUGGUGUGCGACCCUACAAAUGUGUCAUCUGUGGGAAAAGCUUCACCCAGCAUCAGCGGACCCACACGAGGGAGCGACCCUAUACAUGCGAUGAAUGUGGGAAGAGCUUCAGUGUUCACUUCAGACUUGUUAUGCACCAGAGGAUCCACACAGGGGAGUGACCCUAUAAAUGUCCCAACUAUGGGAAGCGCUUUAGCGACUGGCCAAAUUUCACAAGACAUCUGAAGACGCAUACCCAGGAUGGGCCCGAGAAAUAAAUUUGGAAGAAAGCUUUAUUUGGAGCUCAGACCUUGGUGGUGAGAGCAGGGCUCUUGGAUUAUCAGGACUCCUGGGUUCUAUUCCCAGUUCUAGGAAGGGAGCGGGGUCUAAUGGGAUAGAACAGCGGCAGGGACGAACGUUGGAGCUCCUGUGUUUUAUUUCCUGCACUGGGAGGGAAGUGGGGUCUAGUGUGUUAAAACAGGGGGCCAGGAAUCAAGACACCUGGAUUCUGUACCCUGCUGUGGGAGUGGGGUCUAGUGGGUUAGAGGAAGAGCUGGGAGUCAGGAUGGCUGGGCUCCAUUCCCAGCUCUGGGAGGAUGUGGGGUCCACUGGUUGGAGUGGGGAGGGCAUUUCAUUACUUUCCUAACCUUUUAGUUUUAUAAACACCAUUGCUAGGAUACCGAUGAGCCCCAAUGUUCUGUGGCCAUGCAAAAGGCAAACACGAUCCCAGGAGGUAUCAGGCAAGAUACUUCCAGUAAAGAUUCUUCUCAUCCCAAAGCAUCUUUGGAGAUCCGGGGAGCAAUGAAGCGGCUCCAUUCAUUCCUGUCCUAGAAAACCAUCCAAGACAGAUGGCUGUCCAGCCUCCUUUUGAAAACCUCUGGUGAAGGGCUUCCACCACUUCCCUAGGCAGUUUCACAUUUUCAUAUCUUGUUCUCUUGGCGCCGCCUCUGGUUGUUGAGCUGCUUCUUUCCAGAACUUGUGCUUGUCCAAUCUUUGUGAUUUCUUCACUGCUUUGUGCAACACCUUUUCUUCUUCUACUUUCCCAGCAGCCUUGACUUGUUUACGCUUUUCCUGCAAUGUUCUUGUUUUGUUACUUAUCCAGUUUUUCCUUGUGUGCUUAUACCUUCCAAUAACUUCCUCUGCUGUAUUUUGUAUAGCUUCCUUGAAUGGUUCCCAUUCAGUCUGUAGUGAGAUUUCCUCGUCAUCACAAAUUAAUACCCUGAAAUACCCUCCCAAGCAUGGCCUUGUGUGCCUUCCUCAUGGAGUUUUCCUUUAUCAAAGUCAAAUUUGGCUCCAGCUUCAUGCAUCUUUUUCUUGGACUUUCGCUUAAUCAUUCCCAUGAGUAGUUUGUGAUCCCGGCCACUCUAUAGACUCUAACAUCCAACAGUGGCCAUGUGGGCCUUUCACUGAUAAGAAUCAGAUCAGUCAGGUUUUUAGUUUGACCAGCUGGUGAUCUCCAUGUAGCUGUGUGCAUAACUCUGAGGAAACCAAGCACGGCCAAGCAUCAGGUUGUGUAUCUCACAGCAAGUUCUUAACCUUUCCCCAUUAUCGUUUGCUCUCUCAACACCAUGUAGUCCAACACUAUUCAUUUGUUUAUCAUGUCCGCUAACAAUUGUGAUGGUUCUCUCAGCGUAUCCAGGAUUGUAAAUCACCUUGUUACCCACCUGCCUCUGGUGAGAGGGAGUCUUGCCUGUGGUAGCUGGGGGUUAACUCCCUAUCACCACCAUCCUUCACCCACCAAACACUCUCCUCUAGGCUAUGCCAGUCCUGUCUUUACCUUGCAGGUAAAGAAGAGGUUCACUCUAGUCUCCUUGAAGAACUCCCAGUGUGACAUACAGCCCCUGACACUGGAGUAGUGUACCCCAAUUUACGAGUCUGACCUUACCUCACCGCUCGCAUAGCACUUGUGAGCACUUAUAAUAAAACAAAAGGUUUAUUUAGGGAAGAGAUAGACAUUCCGCUAGAAACAAGAGAGAGGUGGUCACAAUACAAAACAAAAUCAUAAAUCAUGAACUAGAGCCUGUUGGGAACAAAGGCAUAUUUAGGUAGAAGCCUGCUGUGGAUUUUAAGAGUUUGUUCUGAUAACAACAGAAGCAGAGCUGUGUAUAUGUAAGAAACUGCAGAGCAAUCAUGGUUGUGAGCACAAGAAAAGAUCCAGUGCCUUAAAAGCUAGAAAAGACCAGUUUGAACUAAAACUAAAUUUGUACUGAUGGGGGAGGAGAGUUGACAUGGAAAUGAGAGACUAAUACACAUCCAUAAGAAAAGAUAAAAAAUGAUAAGUAAGUUUGUGUAACAAAGGGAAGUUGAAGCUGCAUUUUCUGAUGCUGGAAGUGACUGCAGCCGUCCUAAAAAGCUUCCCACUUGUAAGUAGUUGAUCACAACUUGCUGAGUGUUUUGCCUGAAUAAAUAUUUGUUCGCCCCA